AUGUCCGGAAUAGGAUCUUGGUUUGGAUUCUCUUCAAAACUAACCGAUCCAAUCAAGAAACGAAUAUUCAAGUUUGUUAUCAAACGACUGCUCGGAAGGUUUAUAGAGGAGCCCGAUCUUUCUCAGCUCGACGUUCAAUUACCUGGUUCUUCACAGCAACCACAACAGCAUAGGAAAGCCUCACAAUUCGCAUCGUCUUCAAAUCAACAACAACACAACUCUUUCGAUUUUGAAUUAAAGAAUGUACAGCUCAAGGUGAAAGAAAUUAACGAAAAUAUUUUAAUGCACAACAGUAAAAAUCCCACUAAACAAGAUGGAAUACCCUUCAAAUUGACAAGCGGAUAUAUCGAGAAAAUAUGUGUCAAGAUACCUUCUUUACUCGAUAUUUUCAAAGAAUCCAUGAUAUUGGAAUUGAAUGGCCUUGAAGUUCAAUUACAAUUUAAGGGAAUGAAUGAAGAUACAAGUGGGAUUGGUAAUGCAGCAAACUCAUUCCUUUUUCACUCAACAACUAAUUUUGAUCCGAAUGUACUUGCGAGUAGUAUUCUUGUUGGUGACGUUACAAAAUCCGAUAUUGCUUCCGAGUUCAAUGAUUUAGAAGAUUUUGGAGAUCAACAAACUGAUGCCUCAUCAUCAACUAUUGUCACACCAACAACCGAGGAGGAAGAUAAUUACGGUUACAAUGAAGGCCAUACUAUAAUUUCUCAAGCAGUAGAGAGAGUUAUAUCGCAACUUAAGGCCUAUGUCACAAAUGUUACAGUCAGACUUGAAUUUCCCAAACCAAAAUCAAUCGGUUCUCUUCCACAACAAGAAUACUCACAACGAAAAGAAGGAAAACUGAAAAAUGUAUUACUAUUACACUUUCCUCGACUAGAAUAUUUGGAUGAGACUCCAAAAACAGAAGCUUUUGGCCCGUCCUCAUUUAUUUACUCUUUCAUUUUCAAAGGAAUAUUCCUACAAGUAUUUGAAGAGUUUCAUCAAAGCAUCAGGCGAAAAAACAAAAAUCUCGAGAAUAUGAACGAGUCUGGUAUUGAUAAUGUACAUUAUGAGGAUGAAAUGAAAUCAUCGACAGAAAAUCCUUUCACAAGUAGUUACAUUGUAAAUAGUCAACCAUCGAAUACUCUAGAUGACGCGAACACGAUUUUCUAUGGAGAAACAGAAAAUAAUAGAAUCAAAAUUGUUAUCAAGCCAUCAAACACAGCAACAGUGCAAUCAUCUGCAAAAGGAACUUAUUCUCCAUCAUUUAUACCAACGUCGAGUGACACGACAUCACGUCUAGAUGUUGAUUUUGACAUUUCAUCGAUUCAUGCAGUAAUCUCUCCAGGUCAGAUGGGACUUCUUCUCGAAAUUUUAGAGGUUCUCAACAGUUCAAGUGUAAAUAUUGGUGGAUUGGAUUCAUUCAGUAUUAGCACUCCCUCUGAAAAAAAGCCAACAACACCAAGAAGAUCCAUCGAUGACUGCCUUUACUCCUCAUCAGGAUAG